AUGUCUGAAUCCGAACAUCUCCGCAUGGCUGCUCGCGCUGAGCGCGACCUGAACUCCUAUCAAGCCAAGCAGGGUCUUGGUCGAAAGAGCGAUUCCACCGAGGAAUCCAACAUCAAUGAGAUGGCCGACAAGCGGUUCCCGCAGGCCACGGGGAUUCGCACUGGCCGCGAAGCCGGUGCGACGGGGAGCGGCCGAAAGCCCAUCCCUGAGGAGGAAGGAGACUGGCACGAGCCGAGGACUUUGAAGGCCCUGGAGGCCCCGAGGACAAAGUGA